AUGAGCGCGCAACCGCCGCGGAAGCCAGAGCACCAGGCGGCGGCGGCGGAGCCCGGGCCGGGAGCCAUGCCGGAGAAGCGCGCGGGCGCGCAGGCCGCGGGCGGCAGCUCGGUGAGCGCGGCGACUAGCGGCGUCGGUCCGCCCGAGCCCCGCGUCCGGGGCGGCUGGCUACAAGGCUUUGGACGACCAAGUGUAUGUCAUGCUGCCAUUGUCAUCUUCCUUGAAUUCUUUGCAUGGGGUCUAUUGACAACUCCAAUGUUAGCUGUUUUACAUGAAACGUUUCCUCAACACACUUUCCUCAUGAAUGGUCUCAUUCAAGGAGUAAAGGGCUUGCUCUCUUUUCUGAGUGCUCCACUCAUAGGCGCUCUGUCUGAUGUGUGGGGCAGGAAGCCCUUUCUCCUUGUCACGGUCUUCUUCACCUGCUUCCCAAUUCCACUGAUGAAGAUCAGUCCGUGGUGGUAUUUUGCAAUGAUUUCCGUGUCUGGAGUCUUCUCAGUCACAUUCUCUGUGAUAUUUGCCUAUGUAGCUGACAUCACUCAGGAGCAUGAACGAAGCACUGCUUAUGGAUGGGUCUCAGCCACCUUUGCAGCCAGUCUGGUCAGCAGCCCAGCCAUUGGAGCAUACCUCUCAACCAACUACGGAGACAGCCUUGUUGUCCUGGUGGCUACAGUGGUGGCUCUUCUGGACAUCUGCUUCAUCUUGCUGGCUGUUCCAGAAUCCUUGUCAGAGAAAAUCAGGCCACUCUCCUGGGGAGCUCAGAUUUCUUGGAAACAAGCAGACCCUUUCGCGUCGCUGAAGAAAGUUGGAAAAGAUUGUACAGUGUUACUGAUCUGCAUCACCGUGUUUCUCUCUUACCUUCCUGAAGCUGGGCAGUAUUCAAGCUUCUUUCUCUAUCUCAGGCAGGUUAUAGGUUUUGGAUCUGUUAAAAUUUCAGCAUUCAUAGCUAUGGUAGGAGUUUUGUCUAUAGUGGCACAGACAGCCUUUCUUAGCAUCUUGAUGCGAUCGUUAGGAAAUAAAAAUACUGUCCUCCUUGGCUUAUGCUUUCAGAUGUUUCAGUUAGCCUGGUAUGGCUUUGGAUCUCAGGCCUGGAUGAUGUGGGCAGCGGGGACUGUGGCUGCCAUGUCUAGCAUCACCUUUCCAGCAGUCAGUGCCCUGGUCUCUCGGAAUGCAGAGUCAGAUCAGCAAGGAGUUGCUCAAGGGAUCAUAACUGGAAUAAGAGGACUGUGUAAUGGCUUAGGACCAGCACUGUAUGGCUUCAUUUUCUACAUGUUCCACGUUGAACUGACUGAGCUGGGGCCAGAAGUGAAUUCUAAUAGUGCUGCGCUGCAGGCCGCCAUUGUCCCAGGCCCACCAUUUUUAUUUGGGGCGUGUAUAGUUCUUAUCUCUUUUCUGGUUGCCUUAUUCAUCCCUGAAUACAGUAAAAGCAGUGGAAUUCAGAAACAUAACAGCAUCAGUGGCAACCUGACCAGCACCCCAGACAGGGGCAGUGAUGAGGACAUUGAGCCGCUACUGCAAGACAACAGCAUCUGGGAGCUCUCUUCUCUCGAGGAGCUUGGAAGUCAGAGCACCGAGCUAUAAACUCAGCAGGAAAUAGGCUCUGCGGUUGCCAGAGCAGAAAGCUGUGGGAAGCUUUGCCAGGCUGGUACUUCAUGGUGCUGAAGGGGAAAUGCUAGUGGCAUCUGCAGGGCCCAGUUUGAAAAGUGAUCCCGUCUAUCCAUCUGCCUCCCCUCCCCUUCUUCCUGUUCCUUCCAAACCCCCCCCCCCCCCCACGUAAGAACAAGUUAAGACUUGAAUUACUUCCCUGAAAAUAAUUUGCAACUCAAAGCUAUCUGGAGUCCCAAUAUUGAAGCUGAAAUAAGCAGAUACCUGGGGAGAUAGCAUAAUGGUUAUGCAGAAUAACUCACACCUGAAACUUUGGGGUCCCAGGUUCAAUUCCCCCUACCACUGUAAGCCAGACCUAAGUGGGGCUCCAGUUAAAAAAAAAAGAGAGAGGAAGAAGAAGGGGAAAACAUAAGGAAGGAACUGAAAUUGCAGAAAAUCCUGUCUCUGGUCAGGAUCACGUUCUUUUAAGCAUUCCAGAGUUAGAGUGACUAGUCUUUCCAUGUCCUUUUCAGUAGAUAAUGCAGAAUUACAGUCAGAUGGCCAUCUCUGGCAAAAAUUUGAAGUGAAAAUUCCCAUCUUGCUAUCUUCCUCUGUAUGUGAACUGUGCCCACUGAGCCUGCUCCAAGAGUCACCCAGUAUCAGGGGUCUUUUGCCUUUGUUCACAGGUCGAACAAAAGCCUACCCAGUCUCCUCAUGACUUCCAGUCCUCAGCUAGAAUAAAAUCCAGCAUCUAUACCUCUGGACAUGAGUAACAGUGAUCGGUGAUAGUCUUAACCAGAUGAAGAAAAUUUUUUAUUAAAAAUGUAAAUCAGGUAGAACUCAGACUCCCAGACCUGGCGUCUUGGCUGGAUCCAAAGUGAUUUUACAGAAGAAAUCCACUUAUCAAGCAUUUUGGUGGCAACGUGCAUCUAUAAAGUUUCAGUGAUGUGAACCUUCCUAAGUAGCCACGAGUGUGAGUGUCGGCACCACGGUGGAGCUCACAUCCAAGUUCAGUCUCAUCUGUGCAGUCCUCUGCUUGGCCUCCCACUCCCUCUUUGUCCUGCUUUUCCUUGUUCCUAUUCAUCACACUCCUGCCUUAACUGCUUUGUUCAACCUGCUUUCAGUGGGUCUGUAUUUUCGUCUGUUUGGCUGACGUUGAAUUUCCUGGAGAUCUGUACAUCAAGUUCCUUUCUAAAAUUUGAUGGGUUAGGAAGCUCAGUCUCACAAUAAGUGUCUUGCUACUUUUUUUGAGAUGUUUUAUGGACAAAGAAAACCUUACAGAUUUAUAUGUAUUUUGCUGCACCAGUAAGUGGACCAUUCACUCGGGCCGCCUUUCAUUGAGCACUCCUUUGCAAGUUUUAUAGGUAUGAAAUAUAUGUAGAUAUUUGUAAGGAGUUUUAAUUUUUUUGAUGGGGUGCUGUGUAAAUUUGUAUUUAUAAAUGUAAUGAAGGUAUUGACAGAAAAAAUAUAUACUUCUUUUAUAAUAAAGGAUUGUGUACUGACUGAAUACAUUUAAAAGAAAAUAUAUUUUGAAACCUGUUCCGCUGUGAACAGCGAUAACAUAUCUUUUUACUAUGCUGUUGGUUUUUAAGUUAAGCUUCCUAAUGCAUAAUAAAUUUGCGAUGGAUACUUUUA